AGAACUCGAUCAAUUACAAAACCGAAAAGCAACACAACAAGCCCUUGCAAUUUCAUAUAUUUCUGCAAGAUGGAUCUAACUGCUCACGGUCUAAUAGACAUCACAAUCCCAUGAACAAAAGAAUCACAAGAUUGCACAUUUACUCCUAAUUACAGCAUGGUUUAAAUUGCCACUCUCAAUACAUUAAAACGAGAAUAGGUUCGCCCCGCUAUAAACAACAUAAGUACAGAUUAAGAAAGGACUCUAAAACUAUCGAUGCGAUGCAAGAUCGUUUAUCUAUCAAUACAUGUUUAAUUAUACUAUCCUUCAGAGCUUCACUAAUGGUUUUCGUCGUAAUGUUCUACGAGAGAUUGUUUACAUGGCUGAAAGAUAUCCACAACAAAAAAGUUGUGGUAUACCUGAAAUACACGACAGCCUACUGUUUUCCUAUAAAAAUGCUAAAGAUAGCAGUAAUCUCCCCAACACUACAGAGAGAGAGAGAGACUGAGAGACUGAGAGACAAAGAUUAAACAGCAUGGAGAAGAUUCAUGUGGUUUGCAUACCAUACCCAGUUCAGAGCCACAUAAGCUCCAUGAUGAAGCUAGCAAAGAUUCUUCAUUUCAGAGGCUUUCAAAUAACCUUUGUAAACACAGAAUUCAAUCAUCAACGUUUACUAAAUGCAAGAGGGCCAGAUUCGCUUAAAGGCUUAGCUGAUUUUCGUUUCGUAACAAUACCUGACGGUCUUCCACCACCAAGCAAUCCAAAUGCCAGCCAAGAUAUCCCAACCCUGUCCAUGUCAACAAAAAAGAACUGCUUAGAACCUUUUCGAAAUCUUAUUCAUAGACUAAACGAUACUGCAUCUUCAAAUGUCCCUCCUGUGACUUGUAUCGUUUCUGAUGGUUGUAUGAGCUUCACUCUACAAGCUGCUAAAGAGUUUGGAAUUCCAAAUAUGUUAUACUGGCCAAUCAGCUUUUGUGCCUUCGUUUGUUUUCUGCACUUUCCUAAUCUCGUCCAAAAAGGUCUUACUCCACUCAAAGAUGAGAAUUACCUAACAAACGGAUAUCUAGAGACGCUAGUUGACUGGAUACCAGGUAUAAAAGAUGUAAGAUUUCGAGAUUUACCUAGCAAUUUUCGAACUACCUAUCCUAAUGAUGACAUGGUCGAUUUUUUAAUACGAGAAACUAGAAGAACUUAUGAUGCUACAGCCUUGAUUUUCAAUACCUUUGAUGCCCUGGAGAUGGAGGCUUUGGAUGCAGUCAAGUCUCAGUUGCCACUACCUCCUGUUUACGCCAUUGGUCCACUUCAUGUGCUUCUUAAUCGGAUUCCUUUAAGUGAGUCACUAUCUCUUGGAUCAAACCUAUGGAAAGAAGAUACAAAGUGUUUAAAAUGGCUGGAUUCCAAAGAACCUAACUCGGUCGUGUAUGUGAAUUUCGGCAGCAUCACAGUUACGACAACUCAACAACUCAUUGAAUUCGCAUGGGGACUGGCCAACAGUAAGCAUAAUUUUUUGUGGAUCAUAAGGCCUGAUCUGGUAGUUGGUGAGUUGGCUUCGUUACCAGCUGAGUUUAUAGAAGAAACUAAAGAAAGAGGACUACUAGUAAGCUGGUGCCCACAAGAAGAUGUCCUAAAUCACCCAUCCAUAGCUGUAUUCUUGACACACUGUGGAUGGAAUUCAACUCUUGAAAGCUUGAGUUGUGGGGUCCCUAUGAUCUGCUGGCCGUUUUUCGGGGACCAGCAAACAAAUUGCAGGUACUUGUGUAACCACUGGGGAGUCGGUAUGGAGAUCGAUAGCAAUGUUGAGAGAUAUGAAGUUGAGAGGCUAGUGAGAGAGUUAAUGGAAGGAGAGGAAGGUAAGAAUAUGAAGAAGAGAGCCUUGAACUGGAAAAAGAAAGCGGAAGAAGCCACCUCACCUGGUGGUUCCUCUUAUGUUACUAUUGAUAAGAUUGUAAGCGAAAUACUUGCUAGCAAAAUUACAGACCAAUAAACCAAAUGAUUAUCCAGGCUAAGGUAGAAUGAAACACACAGCUAGCUGAGUAUUCUUAUUUACGUUCUCCAUUCUGGUAAAAUUUCUCAGGAAAUAUGUAAUUUACUAAGUAUGAGUGUCAAAUUUGAAAUUUGUGAAGUCUAAUAAGAUUGUUAAUCAGCACUUGUGUUUA